UUACAGAAUACGAGUUUUACAUGUGUCCAUACGGCAUGACUUCGAGGGUCGUUAUGUCCAAUGAAGACCUGAUUUCUGUGGACUAUGAAAUUUUUGGCAGAGUACAAGGUGUAUUUUUUCGUAAAUACACUCAAGCUGAAGGGAAGAAACUUGGUCUCGUUGGAUGGGUCCAAAACACAGAAGCAGGGACUGUCCAGGGGCAGCUACAAGGUCCACGCAGCAAAGUGAAAGAAAUGCAAGAAUGGCUGAGAUCCACGGGGAGCCCCAAUUCACACAUAACUAAGGCGGAGUUUAGCAAUGAAAAAGUAGUUCAAAGCCUGGAACACUCAUCUUUUAACAUAGUAAGAUAAAAUUACCUCUUGACUGUGCCUCUAAUAUUAACAUGGAUGAAAAUUAUUUAUUUAUUUCGUUUUUUUUAAUUUAUAAGUUGUAUUUAAACAACUGGAGUCAAGUAUACAUAUGUAUACCUUAUGUGUUGGAGCUUUAUUAACUUCCAAUAUAAUAUAUUACUAAUACUAUGAAUAUAAUUACAUUAAUAAAUGUAAAAAAAAUAAAAUAAAAUCCUCCAGUAUGCCUAU